CCCACACGCCCGCCCCAUUGUGAUGGGUGGGCUUGCUUCUACGGCAACAGCGGGCACUCCCCGGAGCCCGUCCCGGGCAGAGGACCAGGACAAGGAGUGGCUCCCAGGUGUGGAGCUUGCGAGGCCAUGGAGAGGUGACGGAGCCCACCCCAGCUGCCCUCAGUUCCUGCAGAGAAUGGCCAAAGGGAGGCGCUUCAACCCACCUUUAGACCAGGAUGGCAGAUGGUUUCCUCACAUUGGAUUGCCGCAGAAGACCCCAGAAUCCAUCACCAGGGCCAUGUUAAAAGAGCCCCGCAGCCCGCGAGUGUCUCGGCAGACGGAAGGGAAGCUACCGCCAAUCUACAAAAUCCGAGAGAAGCAAGCAGUCCACAACAGCUUCCCCUUCUCUGUCCACGACAAUCGGCACAGCUUUCAGAAUUCUGGAUUCUACCUUGACUCCGGCCUGGGACUUAAGAAGGUCUCCCCAGAAAAAAGGCAGCAUGCUUCAAGAAAUUUCAAUCUUUGGGCGUGUGACUAUGUUCCAUCUUGUCUCGAUGGCUUUUCAAGUUACCAAAUAUCGUAUGUCUAUCGCGAAGCUGUGGUGGUCCCGAUUUUCAGACGCUUUCCAAGACGUUAUAAUGAAAUAUGGAGCUCUUUCCGAUUUAUUCCUGAGCGAAGCUACGCAGAGUUUUUGAAAAAGAAUCCAAAAGUAAGGUUCACUAUUGACAAAAAGGCUGAUUCCUCACUGGAGCCCUAA